AUGCAGAAAACAGGCUCAAAUAAUAUUGAGAUCCUAAGAGUGCAAGCUCUAUCAAUUCUCUGCACACCCCACCCUUUUCUUGAAUUUUCUGGGUUUGCUCCCAUUCCAGAUAAAGUUGAUUCAAUUCGUAGCAGAAAACAACAAAUUAAGAACGACACUCUUUUUGAUUUUGAUGGCUCUUCUCCCGUUCAAGAUAAAGUUGAUCCAUUUUGUAGUACAAAACAACAAAUUGACAACAACGCUUUUCUUGAUUUUGAUGGCUUUUCUCCAGUUGAAGAUAAAGUCGAUAGAUAUAAUAGAAGUAAAGAACAAAGGCAAGACAAUGAUGAAGAAAAUAUUGAAGAAGGAGAGUUUAGUUUUGCAUGCACCAAAGUCCGAGGACUGCAUAUAUUUGCCGAUGAGAUAUUUGAAAAUGGAAAAAUACGACAAAUACCACACACUUUUGACCAAUCUCUAUUCAUCUAUCCCACCUCAAAUAAUAAUGUCUCACAUCUUCGACCACCACUAAAGAAGAUCUUUAUUAAGAAUUUCGUAAAUCGACACUCAAUGCUAGGUGGUAUUUCAAAAGAAUCUCAAAACGAGUCAUUGCAGAAUAUGACAAUGGUGGAGAUAAAGGCUUCGAAUGAGUGUUACGAAAAAAGCAACUCCACAGGGUCAUCAAAUUUGUGGAAAUUUAGACAAAACAUGAAUCUUCGAAGUAACAGCGACCAUAAGGAUUCAUUAGUUUUAUUGAAUGCUUCGGAUCCAAAAAAUUCCAGAAAGCCAAAGGUAGAAAACUUUGUUCAUAAAAAGAGGAAGGAUGAAAAACACAUAAAUGGAUUAUCAGCUUACGAGAAGUUGUACGUGUCUAAUAAAACAAGGAAGGAUAGCAACAAAAGAAGAUCAUUUUUGCCUUACAAACGCCAGUUAUUGGGGCUCUUUACCAACAUGCAUGGAUUGAGUAGGAACCUGCACCCCUUUUGA